CUUUCCUGAACUUGGGGUCCAGUCUAUCCAGAACCUGUGAAGCACAAAAUCUUUUAGUUCUCAGAAACUGACGGACCUCGUAAUUGGUGCAGCAAAGGAGGGAAGGAUGAAGUGGAGUGUGCUUUUGGGGUUUUUCUUGCUGUGUUUUCUUGCUAAUCUCAGCAGUGCCAGAUUCAUUCCUGAAGGGGUACCCUAUGAAAGGCCCCCGGCUGUGCCCUACUGGUCAUAUUCCACCUCAGAUUUCUGGAACUAUGUGGAAUACUUCCGCAGCAUUGGGGCUUAUGACCAGAUCAAUGAAAUGGCCAGAACAUUCUUCGCCCAUCAGCAUCUGGGAGACACGCUGGGUUAUGAAGUGGCAGAGCAACACGAACACUAAGUGAAUAUCAUUAGUUGAGCAAUCAUAGUUUAGUUUGUGUCAGUAGAAAUUAAAGAUAACUACUGAAAUAUAACUUUAACAUUUAUAGCCUUAUAAUGAUGAAUCUUGUGUCAUAGUAGCCUACUACUAAUAAAAAUGCAUAAAGGUCUCACUGUUAAUGUUUCAUUGUAGUGUGAUUAACAGGGUGCAUGAUUAUGAUCUAUUAUACGACCAGUUGUAAAUAUAGGAAAUGUAAGAAAUAAACGAAAGUGUUAUCCUGAUGCACAGAAAUUAUUUUAAUACCAUCACUACAAAAAUCUGUGAGGACCAGUUCUCCAACCGAGCCAGUGGGACCCGUUUUCCAGCCGGUUACAUUUUGACGUAACAACAACUGGUGAUAUGAAGCCGCGAAUCGAUUCCUUUGAACAGUUCGUUGUAAAGAACCGGUUCGAUUCUUUUUACAACAUCAUGUGGUCCUUAGCGACUGGUGUGGCAUAUUUCAUGCUCUAACUAAACAUUCAAAUAAAACCACAUGUAGCCUCAUAUGGCUGUUGAUUACUGUUGUUUUUUAAUUAUCAUGCUGUUUAUUUUUUAUUAGGUAGGCUAAUAUAUUAAUAAGAGUUUUUGUUGUCAUGUGUAAUUGUAGCAGCCAUGGUUAAGCUCAUUAAUAAAUGUAUUCUAGUCAUUUAGAAAUACAGUUUGCAUUCAUGAACAUGUCCUGAAAACGUUUCCGCGAACGAAUCAUUCAAAUCGUGUUUGGAAACAGGUUCAUUUAAAAAGAUCCGACUCAAAAGAACAAUUCAUUCACGAAUCGGACAUCGCGAAUCGACACACCACCGGAAAGAGGAACACAACGAAGGGUUUGUUUUGGUGAAUGUUACAGAGAGCUGAAAAACACACAAUUUUAACAUUUAUUUAUCGCUGAUUUUUUUU